CACAAAUCUUGGAUAAAAACAUCGAAAACAUCGCGCGUCAAUGCAGUUGUCAAAAAGUUGCUGUUCUGCGUGUUUCGCGUGCAGAGAAAAAGGCAUAAAUUUGUUGAAAAACAGACGAAAAGGGUGCACAAAUUGGCCAAAACUUGCAUUAAUAGUUCCCUCAGACACAGCUUCAGAUGAAUACGUUUGGCUGUGAGUAGGAAUUAUUGGUAUUUGGGCACAAGACGGCAAAGUCUUCUCAUACUUUCUUCCUCCAGACUUGAUGGAUUUUAUUUUGUCACAAAUCGUGCUGUGCGCUUCUAAUUAUGAGCUCAAUUGGACUUUCUGUACAUAUAUGUGGUGUAAUUGUCCAUAUAACUGAUUGAUGUUUGGCCUCCUCUCUGCCUGCAAAGCGCCAAAGAUCGGGUGGAGAAUAUCCUGCAAAAGCAAACAAUCGCAUAUCCGCCUUUUACUUCUCCGUUUUUUUAUAUUCUUGAUAUUAGAAAAGGAAUCUCACAUUUUCUCCACCUCUUAUCAGAGCAUUAUUGUUUACCACACACACACAAACACACCCCUCACACGAUUCACCAGCCUGCAAUUAAUUUAUAUACUUUUAUUUACACUCAAGAGCAAGUUAUAAUUUUGUGUAAAUAAAAGAAAACAUACUGCAUUCUCUGGCAAUCCUUUCCCUGCCAUACAAUGGCUAAAAUGGUCGGGAAAGGUAAGAUACCUGCUGAAACGGAGGACCAACAGAGACUGAGAUUCCAAGUGGAACUGGAGUUUGUACAGUGCCUGGCGAAUCCCAAUUACCUACACUUUCUAGCUCAGAGAGGCUACUUCAAGGAUCAAUCGUUCAUCAAUUACCUCAAAUACCUUCUCUAUUGGAAGGAGCCUGAGUAUGCGCGAUACCUGAAAUACCCCAUGUGUCUCUACUUCCUCGAUCUGCUGCAGUACGAGCACUUCCGGCGCGAGAUCGUGAAUCUGCAGUGCUGCAAGUUCAUCGACGACCAGGCCAUCCUGCUGUGGCAGCAUCACACGCGCCGAAGAACCAAAUUGCUCAGCAUCGGCAACGGCGCCGCCAGUCAGAGCGACCAGGCGGGCGGCCAGAACGGUGCCGCCAAUGGCAUGGGACAGAAGGUCACAUGAUGCCCACAAGAGGUGCAAUGAGCUUCUCCGAAAGCGGCGGCGGCGGCGUCUGGGCGGCGGAGAAGGCGGCGACAGAGACAUCUUCCAGCAAAGGUACCGUGAAUACAAUCUCCCAACUGAUUUUGGUCACGCUCUAACGGAUUUAUCAUAUAUAUAUAUUGUCCACGCAAUUCACGUAAUUUUGCGUAGAGACAAAGUGUAUUUACAUAGCGGAAAAUGAUGUGAAUAGUUAUUAAUACAUGACACAAUUUUCACCUAUUUAUAUGGUGUGAUAGAGUGAGAAAUAAUUGAAUUAUACCUCUUUCCUCUAAUAACAUCUGUGACAGUUUUUCACCUCUUCUCUCUCAAAUAUAGCGCAUAGAAUUGAAUUGAAGAAAUUGAAGAAAAGAUUGUCAAUUAUGGUAAAUACUUCUUGCGUCUGUCCUCACGAGACUGAUGGAGCUGAAAGUGCCGGAGUUGCGAGAUGCACUCGAAGAAUCCACUCAGUGUCCAGAAAUCCGUUAGCACUAAAGUUGCGCGGAGGGCAGAAAAGCAUGAGAGGAAAGAAGUGUGCAUUAAAUGCAAAUUGAUGGUUUUAUAGACACUCUCGAGCCAAUUAUGAAGUACACCACCAAUUCUAAACAUCACAAUGCCAUUGACUUCAUUAUUACAACUUUAAUUCAUAAUUUUCCAAUCAAUUCACACGACGAGAGAAAGAGCUCUUAAGACAUAAUUUUUCCUCCUCGCGAACAAAACACACCAUAAGAUCACACAUUGAAAAAAAAGCCAGAGAGCCAAGAAUGGCGCAUUCUGUCCGUGAAACGGAUCACACGACUCACAAAAAAAGUGUAUCAAUUUUUCUGUGUAGAGAGAAAGAAGGGAAAGAAGAAGAAAAAAAGAACAGGUGAAAAAUUCGGCUGAAUGAAGCAUUUAAAUUCAAACUGCAUUGUAAUAAUAAAUGAAAUUCUCUGGUUUUUUUUUGUAAUACGAUUUUCUGGGUGUAACACUUCGUAGAAAGAAAUCAAUUUGUAUAAAGUUGGUACCAAAGGGGUUAACCGUAUUGUCAAAGAAAUGUCUUCUCAAACCACGUUAAAAUCCAACCACUGUAAAUAGAAUUUUUGUAAUCGUAGUUAAUUAGCCAUAGGCGAAAGAAAUAUCGUAUCUAGACAGGAGAAGAGAAAGAUAUUGAUUAGUUUUUAUACAGAAAGAAGAAAAAGAAGAAAAAUGUGGAAGAGUUGUAGAAAAUUUUUUGCUAUUUAUUGCAAUUGAAUGAGAAUUUUUCAAUAUAUGAUUUUCGUUAAGAUAAAAUUAACUGUACUUAUGUUUAGAGCUUAGAUCGAUUUAUAAUAAUUAGCAGUAAUUUAAAGUGAAAAUACUGAAAAUAAUAAUAAAUGAUUAAAUCGAAGUUCCAGCAA